AUGAAACUCCUCACCACCGCAACCACCGCCACCGCGGUCAUCGCACUGCUCGCCACGACAGCCACCGCGUCGACCAUCGCCGACCCGUCCGCCCUCGCCGCCAGCGUCAACACCUUCAACCUUCACGCGCGCAGCCUGAAGAAGAUGGACGGCAAGUGCACGUCCAGCGGCGGGUGCAAGGUUCCCGGCGGACUGCACGCGGCGUAUCCGUGCUGGAAUUCGGAGUGUCUUGUCCCUAAUCACACGAACGCCAGCAAGAAGGAAAAGGAGAGUGGUGGUAAUCACACGAGCAGAGCCAAUGGGCAAAAAGGUGACGGUGGCAGUGAUACAGGCAAAAACUGCACCAUCGCACCCGGCAUGGACGGCGCGUGGGUCGCAAAGUGUCCGACGAAUCUGUUGCCGUAUGAGUGGGCGUGGCCGUGGGUGCCGCCACCAAAGAAGAAGACGGAGGACAAGGACGGAGAGGAUAAGGAAUAG